AUGUGGCUAUCGGAAUCCCAGAAAUUUGGUGUUGCAUUUACAUUCGGUGGUGUUUUAUUUUUCAUCUUAGGUAUCUUUACUUUCUUCGAUAGAGCUCUAUUGGCCCUGGGGAAUAUUUUAUUCCUUUUGGGUGUUCUAUUGAUCAUUGGACCCAACAAAACAUUAUAUUUCUUUUCUAAGCCUAAAAAGAGACGUGGUUCUAUUUGUUUUGCGUUUGGAAUCAUUUUGAUUCUGAUGAAAUAUUCCUUCACAGGGUUCAUGAUUGAAAGUGUUGGUAUCGUCAAUUUGUUUGGUGAUUUCUUUGGUCCAAUUGUCAGUUUCCUAAGAUCCUUACCUUUGAUUGGUCCUAUUUUAAGAAACCCGGUGAUAGCACCAGUAGUUGAUAAAUUGGCAGGGAUCACAGUCUUGCCAGUGUGA